CCUCAUUUUCCACACGGAGCCUUUUGCGGAGGAGCACAGCUGAACGCUUGGCGAGAUGGAAGUGAAAAAUGCUAACGCUGCUAUGCUCAGCAACUAUGAGGUAUUCAAACUCCUGACGGACCUGAAGGAGCAGAGGAAGGACAGUGGGAAGAACAAACACAGCGCUGGGCAGCAGAAUCUCAACACCAUCAUGUAUGAGACUCUGAAGCACCUGUCGAAGACGCCCUGCAGCCGGCAGAGUCCAGAGAUCGUCAAAGAAUUUCUCACCACCAUGAUGCCUCACAAACUCACAAAGGCUGAGAAACUGCAUCUACUGAACCACCGGCCACAGACAGCAGUGGAAAUUCAGCUAAUGGUUGAAGAGAGUGAAGAGCGGUUAUCAGAAGAGCAGAUUGAGGAGCUCAUCCACAUAGUCGCAGACGUCCUGCCCGGCGACCCGGAGCAAGAAAACGCAGCUCCAGCAGAUGCAGAAAUGGUUGAAGGUGGUGAACAAUCCUGACACAGUGACAGAUCACAACUGACCCACAGGAGACCCUGGAGCGAGGGUCAAACCUAUUACACAGCUGGACUGGUGGCCUUUUACCUGCGCUAUUUUCCAUCCCUGUUUGAACUGAACACCAUGCAGACAGAAGGGAUGCACAAUUGCUAAAAGGACUUUAUUAACUCUGAAAUAAAUGGAAGAUGAGCAGAUUGUUUCAGAUUUGCAUGUACACAUACAACUGGAUUCAAACCUCACAUACACAUACUUUGUCCAGGUUUAUCUACCAUGAGCCACAGUUGGCCCUGUUUUGCUUCUGAGUCUUCUAAUUUGUAUUUCACAUGUGAUAAUGUUAACGUAGAGACUUGUGUUUACUUUGUAUAUUUUUGGUUUCUUACUUAAUUUCAGUCGUCAGUUUCUACUGUCUGCAUAGAAAUAAGGGUGUCUGCUGCUGUAUGAUUUCCCAAGCUGUAAUAUAAGGCAGUCAUGCAAUUAAAUGUGCAUUGGUAUAGCACUAGCAUAAGGUCAUACAGUAUUAUUAGAGUGGCUGUGUAAUGACACAAGGGACAAAGGAGGUGAUCGUUGUCUCUUAUUCAUGAGAGAUGUUAUCUAAAAUAAAAGCUGCAGCCCUUUUUUGAAUGUU